AUGGCAAUAACUAGAAGCAGAAACGGAGCUCGGGAGGAAUCAUCUGGCAGCGGCGGCACUAAUACGAACACCGAUAACACGUCCGCUACCGCUGGGACGUCCGCGACCGCUGGGACGUCCGCGACGGACGGCACGUCCGCGACGGACGGCACUACCGCGACGGACGGCACUACCGCCACGUCCGACACCGACGCCACGGGCACCACGACUGGCACGGGAACCACGGCGGACACAGAAGCAACGACGGAAUCAGGAGCAACCACGGAGGGUACAAGCGCGGCCCAAGAAGAGGUCACGCCCGAGGAUGCCGCCGUCGCCGCCACGCCCGCCGACACCUCUGGUAUCAGAGCCACGCCCGCCGCCAGCACCAUAGCCACGAUCGUCGAAAAACAGCUGAUGCCUCCACCGCUCGGCACGAAGAGGUGCGCUAAGCCCGCUCGGUCACACCGAUCCAAGGCCUCCAGCAAGAGGCUCCUCGCGGAGCUAGAGGCCAAGGAGAAGUUAGCCGAGCUGGAGCUCAAGCGCAUCGAAGCCCAAGCUACGCUGGCAAAAAUCAGAGAAGAAAGAAGAAACCUCUCCUCGUCGGGUGAAGACUCCGAACGAGAAGAGGAAGACCUCGGCCCCCAGAGAUUAGCCGAUUGGUUCGACCGCCCGAUUCAAGACGCGGUCGAACACCACGCCGCGCGCCCCCCUGCGCACCGCGCGCGGCACCACAAGCAGACAAUGGAUGUGACGUCACUCGCAGCAGCCCUGACCGACGCCCUACAAGCGAACAGAUCGAACAGGAAGUACCUGCCAGACCUGCCGUCGUUCAGUGGACAGUGCGCGGAGUGGUUACAGUUCAAAGCCGCUUACAACGAGUCGGCGCCUAGUUUCGCGAACAGUGAAAACGUCGCUCGCAUAAGAAAGAGCCUCAAAGGCGCCGCCCUAGAAGCCGUCAGUGCACUCCUCAUCAGCCAGCCGCGUCCAGACGAUAUCAUCAAGGCCCUGGAACGCCGCUACGGGAGGCCCGACGCACUACUCCUGAACGAGAUGGAGAGAAUAAAGGCCUUGCCACGACUAGCCGAGAGCCCGCGCGACCUGUGCACGUUCGCCGGACGUAUCGCCAACGCCGUGACAACGAUCGAGAUAUUGAAGAAGCCUCAGUAUCUUCACAACCCCGAGUUACUGAGGUCUAUAGUGGAAAAGUUAACGCCCAUAUUAAAAAGUAAGUGGUACGACUACGCCGCGAGUGAUGAAGACACGCCGGAACUUAAGAAGAUAGCCGACUUCCUCAACAACGAAGCCGACAAGUGCACGCCCUAUGCCCCGCCCGAGACCAUAGCGGAGCCCAAGGAAGCACGAGCCACGAAAAAGAAGCCCGAGCGUACCUGCGUAGCCGUCGCCGAAGUGAAGAAAACCAAAGAAGAAAAGUUACCCUGUCCAGUGUGUGACCAGUCCGCCCAUCAACUGCCGACGUGCCCGCAAUUCACUAAGCUGGGCACGAACGAGCGGUGGGAAAUAGCGAAGAAACACAAUAUGUGCUAUCGGUGCCUCGUCAGCAAACAUCGCCGCUUCGUCUGCCGAGCCAAGCCCUGCGGUCAUCAAGGCUGCGCUAUGCGUCACCACAAGCUGCUUCACCACGAGAAGGCCCCGACAGACACCGUCGCCGCCUCGAACGAGCCGACGCAGCCCCGCAAGUCCGACGAGGUCGUGGCCAUAGCCGUCAAGCAAGCCGUACACGCCGCGACCCGGGCGAGCCGCGCCUACCUCAAGAUGGCGCCAGUACUACUCCGGGGGCCGCACACGGAAGUGGCUACGUUCGCGCUCCUAGACGAAGGCAGUACAGUGACUAUCAUCGACUCUGCGAUCGCCGCCGCCCUCAACCUUGACGGGCCCACCGAACCUAUGUGGGUCCAAGGCGUGGGCGGGAACGAGAUGGCGUACGAGAAGAGCAAGAGAGUGGAUGUCCGCAUACGCAACAAACACGGAGGGGACGAGCAGCUAGUGACGAACGCGCAUACAGUCGGGCGCCUUGACUUCACCACUCAAACGAUCAGCGAGCGAGAGAUAGACGACUGUGAACAUCUGCGGGAUAUCAAGCACCUGUUGACAUAUGAAGACGCUACACCGGGAAUACUGCUCGGACAAGACAACUGGGAACUCGUUGUGUCGCGCAAGUUGAAAAAAGGACGGCGCGAUCAGCCGGUAGCAUCUAAAACGCUACUAGGUUGGGUACUACACGGUUGUCGCCACUCACAAGCGAUACCCGUAGCCCACUGCUGCGCACACCUUACGCGCGUACAGCCCGGCGGGAACAUCGAGAACGAGAUGAAGAACUUCUUUGCGCUCGAAUCACUCUCGAUCGAGCCGAGGAAGCCCCGUAGUGAUCCCGAACAGCAAGCCUUGAAAACGCUAGAAGAGAAAAGUCGACGCCUCCCCGACGGGCGCUUCGAGACCGGCCUGCUGUGGCGACAGGAAGACAUCAACAUACCUGACAACCGCGCCGACGCCCUCAAACGCCUACACACACUAGAGAAGAAGCUGGAUCGCGACGCGGACUUGAAGAAGCAGUACACCGAACGAGUUGACAACCUGCUUGUGUCCGCCUACGCCGAGCUCGCGCCGACACCGAGCAGCGGGAAAACCUGGUACCUGCCCCACUUCGCAGUGCGCAACCCGGAGAAGCCGAAGAUAAGGUUAGUCCACGACGCCGCGGCCACCUCACACGGCCGCAGCCUCAACGACAUGCUUCUCGCGGGCCCCGAUCUCCUGCAGUCGCUGCCCGGCGUUAUCAUGCGCUUCCGUCAAUACGGCGUGGCGGUAUCAGCGGACAUAAAGGAAAUGUUUAUGCAAAUAAAAAUAAGAGAAGAGGACCGCGACGCGCUGCGCUUCCUGUGGCGAGGCGAUCGACGCGAAGGCGGCCCGACAGAAUAUCGCAUGACAUCAGUCAUCUUCGGCGCCUCUUCAUCCCCCUGCACGGCGCUGUACAUAAAGAAUAGGAACGCACGCGAGCACGCGGCCCGCCACCCAGAGCUUCCCAGCAUAGAAGAGGCGAAGAGAGUGUCAAGCGAAGUGAACCACGUACACAAGAAAGCUCGCUUCGAGCUGCGCGGCUGGGCUACGAACGAACCCGAGGUCAUCGGCAAGAAAGAGCGAGAGGGCGUCACCGUCUCUAUCGGCGGGAGCGAGAUAGAGAAAACACUCGGCCUACUGUGGGACACGCGAGAGGAUAGCAUUCGUUUCAAACUCAAUACGAGACGAGCGCCGCCAGAAGUGAUCAAAGGUCAACGCCCCCCCACGAAGAGAGAGGCCCUCAGUAUCAUCAUGUCAAUAUUCGACCCGCUGGGCCUCAUCUCACCAGUGACGACGCCCGCGAAGAGGAUCAUGCAAGACACGUGGCGCUACACUACGGCCUGGGACGAAGAAAUACCAGAAGAGCUGCGUGAACGCUGGGGAAAUUGGCUGCAACAUCUGCGCGACCUAGGUGACCUAUCGAUACCUAGAUGCUACGAUACCGCGCCCGCGCCCAAGUACGAGCUACAUACCUUCGUCGAUGCGAGUGAAGAAGCCUACGCCGCCGCUGUGUACUGGCGCAUGACCCGAGCUGACGGCACAACAAAGGUCGCUCUAGCCGCCGCCAAGAGCAGAGUCACGCCCACGCGCCUCGUCUCGAUACCUAGACUUGAGCUCCAAGCGGCCGUCCUGGGCGUGCGACUCGCCGAGGCCGUCGGGAACGAGCACGACUUCGAGAUCGACAGUAGAACAUACUGGAGUGACGCGCGCACGGCCCUAGCAUGGAUACGCUCAGAACCCCGCACUUACAAGUCAUUCGUCGCGCACCGCCUGGCCGAAAUCGAAGAUUACACGAAAAAAGACGAAUGGCGAUGGGUACCGUCAGCACACAACGUGGCCGACGACGCGACACGCGCCGCGCCGAGCGACUUCGACGCCCGACACAGAUGGUUCACCGGGCCGGCCUUCCUAUACGAACCGGAGGAGGCCUGGCCGCAAGAAAACAAGAUGAAAAUCGAGCCAACAGGGGAAGAAAAAGAAGUCUGCUGCUCUGUCGCGACGCCGAGAAAAAGCCGCGCGGCCGUGCCCGCCAUCGAAAACUUCUCGAAGUGGACAAGCCUAUUACGCACGGCCGCACGGGUGCUGCAGUUCAUCGACCUCUUGCGCGAACGACAAAAAAGUCGCGCCUCACUCGCGACACAGUGCAUCGCCGCGGCGCGAAGGAAAAGGACGCGCGCAAACAAGGACGGCGACAGCACCUGGGGAAAACGAGACAAGCGCGCUCCCGUCGUACCCAAGACGGUCGAGAAUAGCCGGAGGAGAAAAUACAUAAUACUAGAAGCCAGAUACCUACUCGCGGCCGAGAAAGUACUCGUGCGAACCUCGCAGGAAGAUAGCUAUGCAAGAGAGAGAAAGCGCAUAGCCGAGGGCCUCGCGCCGAACAAGGACGACCGGCUAGCCAAGCUGAGCGUGUAUCUCGACGAAGACGACAUCAUACGACAACGCGGCAGAAUAGCGGCCGCCGACGACAUAAGCGAAGACGCCGUGCACCCCAUAGUGCUGUGUGGUAAACAUCACUACACAUAUCUAUAUGUUUCCCACGUGCACGAACGGCUACACCACGGGGGCACCGAAACCGUCGUCAACGAGCUUCGCCAACGUGUAUACAUACCGAAGAUAAGACCUGCAGUGAAAAAGGUGAUCGCGCGCUGCCCCGAGUGUCGACUACGCAAGGCGAAGCCCGCCGGCCCGCCUACAGGGGACCUACCUGCCGCCCGGCUGGGGCAUCACCUGAGGCCCUUCACAUACACGGGGCUUGACUACUUCGGCCCGCUUGAAGUGACCGUCGGCCGACACAGAGAGAAGAGAUAUGUCGCGCUGUUUACCUGUAUGACGUCAAGAGCCAUACAUCUGGAGGUGGCCGCCUCACUAACCACCGACUCGGCCAUCAACGCGCUGCGCCGGUUCAUCGCUCGCCGCGGCUGCCCCACGGAGCUGUGGAGCGACAACGGGACCGCUUUCAAGGGAGCGAACCGCGAGCUGACGGAGGCCAUGAGAGAGGCCGCCCACGCUCGCCGCAUCAACUGGCGUUUCCUACCCCCCUCCUCACCCUUCAUGGCUGGGGUGUGGGAGAGAAUGGUGAGAUCAGUAAAGGAAGCCCUGAAGACCACGCUGCACGAGCGAUGCCCGAGCGAUGAGACACUACACACCCUGAUGGCGGAGGUCGAGGCUACAGUCAACUCGCGACCCUUGACCUAUGUCGCGACCGACCCAGAGGACCCGCCCGCGCUCACUCCGAACAUGAUCCUGCUCGGGCCAGACUGCCACUCCCCGGCCCCGGGAGACUUCAAGGUCAGCGAUGAGAGCGCGCGGCAACACUGGAGGCGCGCCCAAUACCUGGCCGACACCUUCUGGCGCCGAUGGGUGCGCGAGUACGCCCCUCUACUUCAACACCGGCGGGAGCCCCGCGGCGAGGGCGUCGAACCAGCCGUCGGCGACGUCGUCAUAGUGUGCGAUAACAACCUCCCACGCAACACAUGGCCGCGAGGGAGAGUGACACAGACGUAUCCAGGCAAGGACGGAGUAGUACGAGUCGUCGACGUCACCACGAGCCGCGGUCACGUCCUGCGCCGACCCACCAAGAAGAUCGUCGUUCUACCAGUAGGAUCGCACGGCGACGGCGGGAGAAAUGUGAACGACGCAGGAGACGUCAUUUAA